GAUGUUCGUUAGCGGUGGUCCGUCCAAAAUAAGCCAUUUCCUCUCAUGCUGUCCGUGUUAUAGCCGGUAAAUGGUCUGGUACUCUAGUAAUAUUUAAAUAAUUUAGUAUCCUUUUCGACAAAAUCCAUCUUUAUUCAGACAUGACUAAAGAAGAAGUUAAAGGGGCCACGUCGGCGGAGGAGGAUCUGCAGACCCAGUCGAAGAAGGCGCUGAAGAAACAGCAGAAGGAGGCAGAGAAAGCGGCAAAGAAAGCGGAGAAGCAGGCCAAAGCGGAGGCUGAGCAGCAGAUGACCGAGGAAGAUGAUUUUGCCAAGGAGCGCUAUGGGAUCCCUCCAAUGGUGCAGUCCCAGCAGAAGCUGGGAUGUUUGUUUUCCUGUGUUUCGUGGAUUGAUCCUGAGGUCUGCUCUGGAAUAGCGGUGCCAGUUGACGCGACCCCCCCCCCCCCAACUGUCUUUUCAGGGAAGCAGUGUUUCCUGGUCCUGCGUCAGCAGCAGUUCAACGUGCAGGCCCUGGUGGCAGUGGGCGAGCGCACCAGCAAGCAGAUGGUCAAGUUCGCCGCCAACAUCAACAAGGAGAGCAUAGUGGACGUGGAGGGUGUGGUCCGCAAGGUGGAGCAGAAGAUCGAGAGCUGCACGCAGCAGGAUGUGGAGCUGCAUAUCGAGAGGAUAUAUGUCGUCAGCCAGGCUGAGCCCCGUCUCCCGCUGCAGCUGGAGGACGCCGUGCGGCCUGAGGGAGAGGGCGACGAGGAAGGGAGAGCUACCGUCAAUCAGGACACCAAGCUGGACAAUAGGGUCAUCGACCUCAGGACCACCACCAGCCAGGCCAUCUUCCGUCUCCAGUCAGGGGUCUGUCAGCUUUUCAGGGACACCCUCAUCAACAAGGGCUUUGUGGAGAUCCAGACCCCGAAAAUCAUAUCAGCUGCCAGCGAGGGGGGCGCCAACGUCUUCACCGUGUCCUACUUCAAGACCAGCGCCUACCUGGCUCAGUCUCCGCAGCUGUACAAGCAGAUGUGCAUCUGCGCAGACUUCGACAAGGUGUUCUGCGUGGGUCCAGUGUUCAGAGCUGAGGACUCUAACACACAUCGGCACCUGACGGAGUUUGUGGGCUUGGAUAUCGAAAUGGCUUUCAAUUAUCACUACCACGAGGUCAUCGAGUCCAUCGCCAACACCAUGGUCCAGAUUUUUAAAGGACUCAGGGACAGAUUCCAGACAGAGAUCUGCACAGUAAACAAGCAGUAUCCCAGUGAGCCCUUCAAAUUCCUGGAGCCCUCCCUUCGUCUGGAGUUCCCUGAGGCCGUGGCCAUGCUGAGAGAGGCGGGGGUGGAGAUGGGAGAUGAGGAAGAUCUCAGCACUCCCAAUGAAAAGCUGCUCGGCCGUCUUGUCAAAGAAAAGUAUGAUACUGAUUUCUACAUCCUGGACAAGUACCCACUGGCAGUGAGGCCUUUCUACACCAUGCCUGACCCCAUGAACCCUAAAUACUCCAACUCCUAUGACAUGUUCAUGAGAGGAGAGGAGAUCCUGUCGGGGGCUCAGAGGGUCCACGACGCCGAGCUGCUGACAGAGAGGGCCAAGCACCACAACAUCGACCUGGAGAAGAUCAAGGCUUACAUCGACUCCUUCCGUUACGGGGCUCCCCCUCACGCCGGUGGCGGCAUAGGACUGGAGCGAGUCACCAUGCUGUACCUGGGUCUGCACAACAUCCGCCAGACCUCCAUGUUCCCCCGUGACCCUAAACGCCUGACCCCUUGAGGAAGCACAAGCGUGGUGGACCGCUCCUGGAUUCUGCGUGAAGGGAAAAAGAUUACUGUUAAAUGAAGUGCCACAGCGAUUCACAAAAUUAAGAUGUCAAAUCCUAUUAAUAGUAUGAUUUUACAAAGCUAAAGAAAAUUAAUAUUAAGAAGGUGGUUGGUGAUGGAAAUCCACGAUUUAUUCAAACAAAUCCUUCCUAGUAUCUUAAUCCUUUUCUACACAAUUCGUCUCUUGACAACUAGUUCUCUAUAACAAUGUAUAACUGCAAUUAAGAACAAACAUUUUUCUUGUAACAUUUUAGCGAUGGUGAUCUUUUUUCUAAUCUGGGGAAAAUCCUUAAGAAUAAAAGUAUUUAAAAAUGCUG